AUGGUAUCGCUUGUUGCGCUUCUCCUCGCCUGUUGGCUGGUGUACUGUGCUGUGCAGGCAUACCGUAAGCGUCAACAUCUCCAUCAUAUUGCGAGCCAAUUUAGCGGCCCACGCCCGCACUGGAUCUUUGGCAAUCUGCUCGAGUAUCCACACCACGACAUACCGGGCAUCUUCGAGAAGAUGGUGCAAAUGCACACCGACUACGGGAAGGAUCUGUUCAACUGGGGACUGUUCAACAAUCACCAGUUGAUCCUGUGCAGUGCGGAGAACGUGGAGAAGGUGGCGAUGGCGAAGAAGACGCAAAAGUCCUCGAUUUACGAGUUCAUUGAGCUGUGGCUGGGUCAGGGUUUGCUCAUCUCGAAGGGCGAGAAGUGGUUCCAGCGGCGCAAGAUCAUCACGCCGACCUUCCACUUCAAGAUACUGGAGAACUUUGCCGAGGUGUUCAACCGCGAGGCGAACGUACUGGUGGAAAACCUAAGGCAGCAUGCAAACAGCGGACGGGAGUUUGACAUUUACGAACCUGUCUCGCUGUACGCCUUGGAUAGCAUCUGUGCGACUUCGAUGGGCGUUGAUAUUAGCGCCCAGCACGAUCCGACUAACCAGUACGUGCGCGAUGUGAAGCGCAUGAGUGAGCUCAUCCUCUUGCGCAUCUUUCAUGUGUUGGUGUCUUACCCACAAGUGUACUGGUACUUAAUCCCGCAUGCCUGGGAACAGCGAAAGCUGAUCAGCCGGCUGCACGCCUUCACCGAUGCCGUCAUUCAACGACGCCGCAAACAACUGCUGAGCAGUAAACAGACCGGUGGCACCGUCUCCUUUGAUAUGAACGAGGAGAAUCUGUACUCGAAGCGCAAGGAAACGUUUCUGGAUCUGCUACUCAGUGUGACCAUCGACGGACAGCCGCUCAGUGAUCUGGACAUACGCGAGGAGGUGGAUACGUUCAUGUUCGAGGGACAUGACACCACCACCUCGGGCAUCGCUUUUACCUUCUAUCAACUCGCCAAGCAUCCCGACAUCCAGGAGCGUCUAUUCCAAGAGAUUAUCGAUACCCUUGGACCGGACUACCGUACCGUUCCUCUGACCUACAGCACGCUCCAGAACUUUAAGUACCUGGACAUGGUAGUGAAGGAGUCACUGCGCCUGCUACCACCGGUCUCGUUCAUCGGGCGCAGGUUAGUGGAGGAUCUCGAGCUGAACGGAGUGACCGUACCCGCCGGCACUGACAUCACCAUACCGAUAUACGUGAUCCACCGCAAUCCCGAGGUGUUCCCGGAUCCGGAGCGUUUUGAUCCGGAACGCUUUGCCGACGAGAGCACGCAACGCCGCGGACCGUACGAUUAUAUUCCCUUUAGCAUUGGCUCGCGGAACUGUAUCGGCCAGCGGUUUGCGAUGAUGGAGAUGAAGAUCACCCUCGUUCGGAUGGUCUCCCACUAUCGGAUACAUCCGGGCACCACUAUGCACGAGGUACGCCUGAAGACGGACCUGGUGCUGCGCCCGGACAAGGGUAUACCGGUUCGGCUUACCACAAGACGAUAG